AUGUUGCCUUUGGAACAUGGCAAACAGCAUCACUUGCUGGAUUCCAGUGACGAUCUGCCGCCCAUCAAGGACGACCCUGUGCAAGAAUUCUUCGUCAUCAAGCAAGAGGUGACUCUGGAUGUUAAUUUUCGCGAGCAAAGAAUCGAUGGCACUACAGACAUCUACAUCGUCGUGUUCUCCGACAAGAUCGAGGAGAUUCAUCUGGAUGCCGCACAAUGCGAGAUAGAUGCGCGGAACGUGACGGUGGCGGAAAUGCGAGAGGUCCACGGCGAGGUCGUUGAGGGACAUAAGCGCAGGGCGGCCGCCGUGUACAACGACCCCUACAUCAAGCUCUCUCAACCGGAGGGCUGGAACUUGCGGGCCGAGCAUCACGAUAUUCGCCGAAUACGAGCCCGAAACAUCUUCCACAACCGAAAGACUGAUGUCCCCGCCGAGAAUAGAGAGAUCGAAGGUUGCACACCAGUUUAUGGUUCGCUGAGGAUUCAUCUCCGUGGCGCAAAGGGGGAGUCUGAUCGUCCAAAGCUGAUCAUUAGGAAGUCCUCGCUGCAUGCGGAUGCCGCGGAAAAGGGCCACAAACAGUACAAGAUCACGAUCCCGUUCAGGAACAAGAACCCUCGGGAUGGUCUGCAUUUCGUUGGCGUUCACGCUCUUGACAACCGAUAUACGCACAUGUAUACCCGGCAUUCCAUUCAGCCGGGCACAGCGUCGUGCAUAUUCCCCUGUAUUGACGAUCAUGGCGCACGAUGCGACUGGAGGAUUUCAAUCAAGUUCCCGCGCACGCUCGGGGAUGCCCUGCAACAGGCUCUCGCCACACAAAAGGACCCCUCGGCGAGCAAUGGCAACACGUCCAGUGACCAAUACGACGGCAACUUGAGACUGGCGGAAGAGGACAAGCUGAGAGAGAUGACUGUGGUAUGCUCGGGUUUCCUCAUGGAGGAAGCCGUUGACCCCCAAAACGACCACAAAAAGAUCAUGACGUUUGAACCCGAGAAGAAGGUGUCGGUGCAAAAGCUCGGUUUUGCCGUCGGUCCCUUUGAACACAUUGACUUGUCGUCCGAGUUUCGGACAGAAGAAGACGAGGUCAAGCUCGGCAUGAGCGCUCUCAAAGUGCAUGCCUAUUGCUUGCCAAACCGUGGCGACUGGGUCCGAAACACCGCUGCCGCUUUGACCAUGGCUGCCGAUUUCCUCACGUAUUCCUUUGCCAAGUACCCAUUCUCCAACUUCAAAGUCUGCUUCCUGGACGACAUGGUUGAGGACACCGUACCGCUUCAUUCUCUAGCCUUUGUAAGCAACCGGCUGCUCUUCCCAGAAGGCAUCAUCGACCACGAGAUUGAGACGACGAGGAAGAUUGUCUUCACCUUGACCUACCAGUGGAUCGGCAUCAACAUGAUACCAAACACCCGCAACGACCUUUGGCUCGUCCUCGGUAUCGCGCACUACAUGACCGAUCUUUUCAUGAAGAAACUUUGCGGCAACAACGAGCAUCGGUUUCGCAUAAAGACAAUGUCGGACAAGCUUGUCGCGGAGGAUGUUGACCGCCCGUCGUUGUUUGAUCUCGGCCCAAACCUGCACCUCGGAGAAUUCGAAAUGGACUUUAUGGCCUUGAAGGUGCCUAUUAUCUUUUUCAUUCUUGACAAGCGGAUGAUGAAGGCCUCUGGAGGCCACGGCUUGACGCGGAUUCUGCAAAAAUUUCUGACAAAGGCUCAAAUCGAGAGCAGCGAUCGAUCUACCAUCCUCGACACGGAGAAAUUCCGGACUGUGUGCGAAAAGGGAUCUCGAUAUCCUCUAGAGUCCUUCUGGAACCAGUGGAUAUACGGCUCUGGCUGCCCCAGGUUCGACGUCAAGGCCAAAUUCAACAAGAAGCGGCUCUGCGUGGAGUUGACUCUUAACCAGAUCCAGCAUCAAGUCGCCAAAAAGUCUACUGGUCUGGAGAAGAACGACUUUCUGAGGGUGGUCAAAGAACGGAAAGCCGGCGUCAAGCCUGGCGAAGUCCAACCGUUGUUUACCGGUCCCAUGACUGUACGGAUUCACGAAGCGGAUGGAACACCAUAUGAACACAUUCUCGAAAUUCGGGAGGACGCGGCUCGAUCGACAAAAUUUGAGAUUCCUUACAACACGAAAUACAAGCGGCUGAAACGCACGAGACGGAUGAAGGAAAAGCACAGCGUCGGUGUAAGCAUGGAUAUUACAGAGAACACAGACGACGCUCUCUUAUAUUGCCUUGGAGAUGUACUGCAAACACCCGACGAUCUCCGCGACUGGGAGCUUAUUGAGUGGGACCCCGAGACUGAACGAAAAAUGGACCAGGAAUCAUACGAGUGGAUUCGCGUUGAUGCGGAUUUCGAAUGGGCUUGCGAUAUGAAACGCACCCUCGAGCCGUACAUGUACGUUUCCCAACUCCAGCAGGACAGGGACGUCGUAGCACAGCAGGAUGCGAUGCUGUACCUCGCGAACGGACCUUUGCACCCGAUCGCGUCUGGGUUUCUCGUACGAACACUGCUGGAUCGCCGAUACUUUCACGGUAUUCGAACAAUGGCAGCCGAGGCGCUACCUCGACAGGCGAAUAUUAAGGGUAUACCUCUUCUGGGCUUGAGGCAGCUCAUGAGAGCGUUCCGGGAGAUGUUUUGCUACGAUCAGACGAACCAGCCCUACCCGAACGACUUUACGGACAAGAAGCAGUAUUUUGUGCGAAGGGCCGUCAUCAACGCCAUUGCCGAGGUGCGCGACCACACUCAUCGUUGUCCGCUUGAAGCUCGCCGCUUCAUUCUCGAUCAGCUGCUAUUCAACAACAACGAGGACAACCCGUACUCUGACCACUUUUACAUCGCGACUCUGGUCGAAGCUCUGGCGACGUCCCUCAUCCCGUCCAAAAAGGAUGAUUGGUUCUCCAUCCAGAGCAAGGCGCCGGACGAGGAGGAGCAAAAGUUCCUUGACGAAGCCAUGGAACAAAUUGAGCGUGUUCUGCGUCGCGACGAGUGGACCAACUCGUACCAAAACAUUUGGACCAUUGCCGGACUCGAUGCCAAACAGAGGCUCAUGAAAGCAGACGUCAUUCCCAAGAGCUACGCCGAAUUCGGCCAGUACCUGCUCGAUGGAACCCGGGACUUGAUCCGAAUCAAGUGUUUCGAGGCACUCGUGGACUUGGGAGCCAUGAUGGACCCGACCUUUUUCACCUUUUUUCUAUAUGCGCUCAUGACGGAUCGGUCUCCCUAUGUUCGCAACAAGCUGGUCCAAGCCAUGGCGAGCGGCUUGGCUGCAAUCGCCUUCGGGGAGCAUGCCAAGGUCGUCAAGAACGAUCCGGCCCCCGAAGACGCCGAUGAUGCGCUGCUGCUGAUCCAAGAUAGCGGCAAGGAGAUUGAAGCAAGAAAGGAAAUGUUUGCCCGCAAGGAGAAUCUCGACGCCGCCCUCAAGGCGUUGCGCAAGGAGAUGGACGAGACGUACGCGGGGGACGAACGGCACUACAGCACUGCCAUGCGAAGGGCUUUGGAUCAGGCCAGCCUCGGCCGAGGUGAAGUCGAGAGCUUGCUAGAUCUUGCUGCCAUGAUGUUUGAAGAAGCCGGGAGCUGGGUAUUGACCCUCGUCUUGCCCAAAGCCUGGAAGGUGGAAAGACCUGCUCAGAGACAGGCCGAUCGCCUGUUGGUUCACUUCAAGGCCUUCUACAAGACGACACCAAAGAACGUCGUCGGCCCGUUGCAGGCCGUGCCUGCGGCGCCGCCUCGCCCGGCACCUCUACCGAGGACGUCGUCCAUCAAGAUCAACACCAGCAAACCGCCUGCGCAACAGCGGCCAGCGCCUGCUCCGGUCAAGAGCGAAGCUGGGACAGUUGUCGCCACAGUUGUCGCCACACAUGGAACGCAAAUCAACGGCCACGGGCCCCCGAAAACCAACACGCCCAAGCAACCAACGCCUUCGGUAUCGAUGCCCAAGAGACCCCGUCCAGAGAGCGAGCAUUCGACUCCAGCGCCCAAGAGGCCCAGGACGGACUUGCCCGGCCACAACGGUGACAGAGCUAGGAAGCGACGCAUGGUGACCAUGAAGACGCGCAAUCCGAAACGGCUCGCAGUGAUUCUCGGACUUUCAACGGAAUCUUCGUCAAGCCAAAGGACUGCGUUGCCAACGGGCGCUCCGAAAGACCCGUCACCGGCAAGCUCAAAGGAUAGCAUCACCGCCAGAGUCCGGAAGCCGCUUCCUACGGGUGAUGCUGUUCGGAAACCCUUGCCCGGCAGCGGGUCGCUGCACUCAACGCCCAAGGUAUCCAUCGAAUCAAAGAUUCGCACCCCGUCCUCAAGCAAUGCGGGUGGUAUGCGCAGCAACGGAACGCCAGUGAGCGCCAGGCCCAAGAUAAAAAUUAUCCGAAAGGCGCAGUCACAGCCACCACCACCCGCGGCUUAUGCGACCGCUCCUCCUUGCAAACUGUCAGAAUCCUUUGUCUUCCGCAUCAUCUUGACGGUCGAUUUCUCUUUUUUUUUUUCCCCUUAUUUCCUCUUCGCCCCUCGGUACAUUUGCAUCCAUGUAGAUGUCGCGCCUGACAAGGUGUGCCUCGAAGCUUUGAAGAGCAUGAACAACCAGAGCCUCCACGGCCGCAGUGGUGGUGCGCCGUACGACCGCGAUCGCGAGAUGAACGAGCGACACCGCGCCAUCCAGCAGCACGAGGACAUGCGCCGAGAUCAAGAACGAGAGCGAGAACAGGCCGACCGGUACCAGCAACCGGGCCCAGGAGGAAACCCCCAUCAGAGCAACGCCGGUUCUAUCCCCAUCCACCAGCCCGUGGCAUCGAGGAUUCCUGGCGCCAUACACAGCCCUGGCGGCUUGCUUGCCAACCAUAGCGGCAACCCCCCGCCGGUGCCGGCCGCAUCCUUGGGUGCACCGCCUGGUCCCAUCAACUUUGGUGGUCUGCAGCACGGCGGUGCCGGCGCCGGCGGACAGCCCGGCGGAUCUGGAGCUGCGCUCCAGAUGUAUGGACCCAUGGGCCAUUCUCAACCGCCACCAAACUCUUCACAGCCUGCCCUUAGCUCGGGACCUCCCCCUGGGUUCGGCGUUGGUCCUCAUCAGCAACAGGGUCCACAGGAUGGCCAGCGUAGUGCUAGAGGCGCUGCUGCUGCCAUCGUCGGUGUGACCCCGGGUGGCCAUCAAAUCCCGGGGGGGGUCACACAGGGCCAGCAACCCAUCUUGAACGACGCGUUGACCUAUUUGGAUCAGGUCAAGGUUCAGUUCCACGACCAACCCGAUGUCUAUAAUAGGUUUCUGGACAUCAUGAAGGACUUCAAGAGUCAGUCCAUCGAUACUCCUGGAGUCAUCAACCGUGUAUCUGAACUAUUCGCCGGCCACCCGAAUCUUAUUCAAGGCUUCAACACUUUCCUGCCGCCAGGUUACAGAAUCGAAUGCGGCGCUGGAAACGAUCCGAAUUCGAUACGAGUGACGACCCCUAUGGGCACCACUGUGCAGUCAAUAUCCGCACGGGGCCAGGAUGGCCAUGGUGGCCCUCCGAGUCAGCCAUUAUUCCCAGAGCGUGGGAGUCAGUGGCAGCAGCGCCCACAACAUGGCAUCGAUAGCCCCGAGACUAAUUUCGGCACUCCUGUUCAGAACGGCGCCAGUUUGUUCGUUCAGGCCGCUGCACAAAAUGCCGGCUUCGACCCCUCUGCCUCGGCCCAGAGAGGCGCGAACCAGGGAGCUUCUGGGGGCGCAAAUGUGCCAGGCUCCCGACAAACCCCGAUCCCCGCUUCAACUCCCGGUGGCAUGAACGGACCUCCUGGCAACCAGGCUAACAUGGAACGCCGCGGCCCCGUUGAAUUCAACCAUGCCAUCAGCUACGUCAACAAGAUUAAGAACCGCUUCCAGGACAAGCCGGAAAUCUACAAGCAGUUCCUCGAGAUACUGCAGACGUAUCAGCGGGAACAGAAACCCAUUCAGGAUGUCUACGCACAAGUAACCACGCUCUUCAACGCGGCACCCGACCUGCUCGAAGAUUUCAAGCAGUUUCUCCCGGAAUCAGCGGGACAGGCCAAGGCAACUCCGGGUCGCGGUGAAGAUCCGGCACCUGCCGGCCCUAGUCACACUCCUCAACCAGGCGGGCAGAAGAUGCCUCCGUUGGGCAGCUUCGCACCUCCCCCCAGCGCUAGCAAGGAUACCAAGAAGCGACCACGCGGGGAUAAGCAAGCCCCCUCCACCGAGACCGUCCUUCCUGACGCGACUGCCCCGAACAGAGUGACGCAAGGGGGGGUGAACGGCAAUUCUGGCAAGCGUCCCAAGAUCAACCACGCCAGAGCUGCUGGCGAAGCUUCCGCCAUCGAGCCCACGCUCACUCCUGUGAUGCCAGAGCCCUACCCUCCCCGUUCUUCCGUCACGUCCAACCAAGAAGAACUCGCGUUCUUUGAGCGCGUCAAGAAGUUCCUUAGUAACCGAUCCUCCAUGAACGAGUUCUUGAAGCUAUGCAAUCUGUUUAGCCAAAACAUCAUUGACCGAAACACGCUGUUUCAUAAGGGAGCCUUAUUCAUUGGCGCCAACCAGGACCUGAUGGCGUUUUGGAAAACCUUUGUCGGAGUCAACUCACGAGAUGUUGUCAUAGAGAACCAGCCUGCUCCUCCCGUCGAGAAGCUUUCGCUGAGCAACUGCCGUGGUUACGGCCCAAGCUACAGGUUGCUCCCCAAGCGCGAGCGCUUGAAGCCGUGCAGCGGCCGCGACGAGCUCUGCAACUCGGUUCUGAAUGACCAGUGGGCUUCGCAUCCGACCUGGGCCAGCGAAGAUUCCGGCUUCGUUGCGCAUCGCAAGAACCAGUACGAAGAAGGACUGCACAGGAUUGAAGAGGAACGUCACGACUACGACUUCAACAUUGAAGCCAACCUCAAGUGCAUUCAGCUGCUGGAACCCAUCGCGCAGCAGAUGCUUGCCAUGUCUCCCGCCGAGAGGGAGACGUUCCACAUGCCCGCCGCCCUUGCCGGCCAGAGCACCUCGAUAUUCAAGCGAAUCUGCAAGAAGAUUUACGGCGAGAGAGGCAUCGACGUGGUCAACGACCUGUACAGCCACCCGUUUGACGUCGUGCCUGUUCUUUUGGCGCGCAUGAAGCAAAAGGACGAAGAGUGGCGCUUCUCGCAGCGUGAGUGGGAGAAGGUCUGGCACGCCCAGACGGAAAACAUGCACCUCAAGAGUCUCGACCAUAUGGGUAUCCUUGUUAAGUCCAAUGAUAAGAGGAAUCUCACCGCCAAGCAUCUUGUCGACGUGAUCAAAACCAAGCAUGAGGAGCAGCGUCGCGAACGGAUUCUCAGGGGCAAAGCACCUCGCCACCAACUGGUCUGGAACUUUGGCAACAAGGAAGUUGUCCUGGAGCUGCUGCGGCUGAUGAUGCUGUACAGCAUGCACAACGGGCAGCACAGCACGCAGGAGAAGGAGCGCAUUCUGGACUUUUUCGAGACGUUUAUCCCCGCCUUCUUCGACCUUCCGGAGGAGAUGUAUCAGGACAAGCUGCCAAAGAUGCAGCCAGACUCUGGUGAGGAAGAGGCUGAAGAUGCCUUGCCUGCGGAGCUGUCCAACGGCCGCAGCCGUCGCCACGGCAAGAAGGGCGACCUUCUCAGAGGCGUGCUGGACCCAGGACGCAACGGCAGCAAGCCACGAAGCCAGAAGGAAGACAGCGCCGCCUCCGGCAGCAAGGAGACCACGCCGGAUGUCACGUCGGCGAACGAGGAGGAGAUGGCCGACGCCCCCGAGGAAGCCGUUGUGCCCGAGGUGUCAAACGAGCGCUGGAUGCCGGCCAUUCCGAAGCCGGUCAUUGUCAGCGGAGACAAUGCUCUGCUGGACGAGGGAGGCGAGCUCAAGGCGGAUGGCUUCUUCACCCGCCCCUGGUAUAACUUUUUCUGCAACCAGACCAUUUUUGUCUUCUUCAACAUCUUCCAGACGCUCUACGGGCGUCUGCUGGACAUUAAAGAAAGCAGAGAGCUGGUGGCUGGCGCUAUCGAACGCCUCAACAAGCCCAAGCCUGCCAGGGACAUUGGCUUCACGGAGAACCACAUGACGUUCUUUGACCCCAGCGACGGCCCCGAAGCGUUUUGGCCCAAGACGAUUGAGAUGAUUGAGGAGUACAUCACGGGCGACGUGGACGAGAACCGGUUUCAGGAUGUCUUGCGCCACUAUUACCUCAAGAAUGGGUGGAAGCUGUACACCAUCCAGGACCUCCUCAAGACUCUCUGUCGACUGGCUUUGACAUGCAGCAGCACGGAUGCGAAGGAGAAGACGCCCGAUCUGAUGCACCAAUACCUAGCCAGCCGGGAAAAGGAAGAGACUAGCUACCAGACGGAAAUUUCCGCGAGGAAGUUUGCCGAGAAGUGUGUCAAGGAUGGAGAUUUGUUUGUCAUCUGCUGGUUCCCGCAAAAAGCGGAAGCCACGGUACGCUGGCUGCAGCGCGACGAGACGACAUUCUACAUGGACGAGAUGCAGGUUCGCGAGCGAUGGCAAUACUACAUCUCGUCAUUCAUCCGGGUCGAGCCAACCGAGGGCAUCCCACGAGGCAAGCUGCAGAAGUCGGUGCUCACACGCAACCUGCCGUCUGGCGACGCCGACUCGGACCUGGACGAGAUGCCCAAGCCGCUCCUGUACAGGGAGAACCUGACGACGAGCAUCUGCCUCAAGAGCUCCAAGAUGAUUUGGGCUCCAGGCACGUCGGAGUACUUCAUCUACGGCAAGUCCCCCAAGACGCGGGAGGAUCGCGAACGCAGGGGGAGAUUCACCAAGGCGCUCAGCGCCCACCGGGAGAGCAAACUCCUCGAGAAGAUGGUGCACAACCCGGCGUGGACCAAGGACCUGAGCCCCGAGGAGGUUCAAGAGCAGAACAGGAACUUUCGCAAAUGGAUGGACGACGGAGUCGCCCCCGCGGGGGGGGUGGACGUCGAAAUGGACUGA